AUGGGAGAGAAAGAUGGGCACAAUAGAUCGGACACGACAGCUCUUAAUCCCACGCAGCCCUGGGCGAGGACGAUGACGUGUUAUGCCGGAAUAAUAUCAACCCGCCUCACGGAUGAGUUUCUCGUGGGCCGGCAGUCAGCCGUGGACGAGACCAUCGGUCAGCUGCACCUCAACACCCACUACGUGCUCUCGGUCAACGGCUUCCUCAACGCACUGCAGGUGUUGGCAGGCCUGGGCAACUUCUUCACGUACAUGAUCUUCGGCGUGGGCUCCAAGUCGCAGCACUUCCUGUACGCCUGCUGUUUCGGCUACUCGAUCAACGGGCUCCACUUCCUGGUGACGGGGCUCAGCUCGCAGCACGUCGCCGAAGUGCUGCCCAUCACAAUCUACUACAAGGUGUUCCAGGCGAGCGCGAUGAGCAUGUACUUCCUGGGGUCGGUGGCCGUGAUGACGUACGACCUUCCCAACAUGCCUGACUCCUUUUGUGGCAUGGCCACAGGAAUGUUCACCGGCCUCCUUCACCUGGUGCACCUCGUCUACGUUUUGAUCUACGUACCAUCACCAUGAUAUCGCUUGCUUGGCCGACAAAAGCAAUGUUUUCUCUCGCGUUUUUUUUAUUAUUAUUCUACCUAUAUGUAUAUUUCAGGCGCGUAAUCUCGCUUCGUUUCUUUUAGUACUGAACGCCAUUAAACUACGACCCUUUUGUA